AUGGCUCUUCAAUCAGUUCCAAGAAAAAAGCCAAAUGAAAUGCUAUCAUCUCGUUUCAUGUUUGAUGCCAGAAUAAACAUUCCAGCACAGAUGUUACGUCAAGAAGAAUGCUGUGUAUCAUUUAUUGUUGCCCAUGGACCACGCUCAAUAGAAUUUGAAUUUAAAAUCAAUGUAGCGGAUUUUCGUCGAGAAAAUCCAAAAAUGUUAGUGAAUUGUCGAAGUGAACUGCGUAUGCAAAUUUCUGGAUUAAUUACAAUACGCUUCGGUGCUUCAAAAGAUACUAAUAAUAUUGUAGAUGCAGAGACAAUACUGAACGAAACGCAGGAAACAGAUUUCGAAAACAUAUUUGUCAUGCGUGGUACUGAUCCAUUUUUGGAAUCACUGCACAAUAUUAUUAUGUUAGCGGAAUACGGAAAUGGUUUAAUCGGUUUCAGCAUUCUUAUUUUAUAUCAAGAAGCAGAAUUCAUGCAAUUUGUUGCACAGAAAAGCAGACUUCGAUUACUGACAUAUGCAGAACUUCAGAAUAGUCGACUGAAUUCAAAAGCUUACAAAGAUUUCGCAGUAUUUGGUAUAAAUACAUAUUCUAUAACGUGUUCAAAAUGGAUGCUUUAUAUGAGUACCAAAUAUUUUCACCGCUUAAUCAAUGAAAAUCCAGCUGUUAAUCAUGCAACAUUAAAUUAUCCCCAUGAUGUCAUAGGCUAUGCUCUUUCUUUAGCAGUGCAAAAUCAAUUUCAUCAGGAAUUGCAGAAGGAUUUUAGAAAAAUGCGUCAGACAAUCGAAUUACUUUGUAUACUGGAACCGGUUAACGUAAAUAUAGCCAUUGAAACCAUUGCAAUUGAACUUGAAGCUGCCAUUUUCGAUGAAUGGAAACAUAUAGACUUAAAUGAUCUAGUACGAAUACUGACAUUACCGAAAUAUUGGGAAUUGGAAGAAUUGAAAAUUGCAGCGCGAUCUGUGAUCAUCGACCUUCAUAGCAAACAGUUUCAGGAAGAGUACAAUGAGCACUCAACAGGUGUACGAUGUGCAGUAUACCGGGAUCUUAUAUUAUGCGGCACGCUGGAUGAAAUAUGUAAGCCAGUAGAAAGUGAACUUGAAAAGAUCAAAAAAAUGGGUUGGAAAAUGAGUAUAGUGAAGAAAAGAGUGAGAUUUGUAGAAGGAUCAUCCCAAAAUAAGGCUGAACUGUAUGGCUGA